AUGGCAGACCUUUCUACAGACUUCUUUACAGAGGAAAAGUCGCUAGAGACGCGAUGGAAUCACGCCUUCGCAAAGAAAUCUGAAGAUCUGAAGCCAGCACUCCAGCGGUGGACAAGGAACCCUCAGCAUGUUAUCCGGUUUGACGCAGACCAGUCCCAAUACUGGGGCGUGAAACCCUCCUUGGUGACCAAAACAAUCCCUGAAUUCGAAUCUCAGUCCUGGGGCAAAGGCGAUGACUUCAUCUUGGACUUCGGCAUCCACAUGGUGGGAUACGUCUCGAUGAAGCUCGACGCGCGUGGCGAGCAUAUGGAUGCGCCAUGUAGGCUGCGCUUGACUUUUGGUGAAUCCCCUCUUGAUGUUACCCUCGGGAUGGAAAAUGUCAGGACGUGGAUCAGCACGUCCUGGCUCCCAGACGAGGUCAUCAACAUCGACAUGUGCCCGGAGACUCUCCAGCUUCGCCGGCGCUACUCGUUCCGCUACCUCCGCGUUGAGGUUAUCGACACAUCCCCGAAAUACAAGGUCGCCUUCUCCGAUGUCACCUGCGAAUGCGUCAGCGCCAUUGGUCAAGAUGUCAAGAUUGACUCUCCCUCAUUCCAGAGCGAUAUGCUGUCCAACAUAGAUCACGUCAGCCUCAUGACGCUUCGUGACUGCAUGCAGACUGUAUUCGAAGACGGGCCUCGGAGAGACAGACGGCUUUGGUUGGGUGAUUUGCGGCUUCAAGCUCUUGCCAAUUACAAGACUUUCAAAGAUUUCAAUCUUGUGAAGCGCUGCAUCUAUCAAUUUGCAGCAAUCCCCCGAGAAGACGACUCCCUCCCUGCCUGUCUCUUUGAGUUCCCCAAGUUUACCCCGUCGUCGGAUUACAUCGUUGACUAUGAUGCUCUCUUCGCGUCCGUGGUUUAUGACUAUGUGGAAGCGUCUGGAGAUGUCGAAGCUGGUCUAGAGCUCUGGCCAACUGUCCAAGGCUGCCUGAAAAAGGCCCUUCUACAUGUUGAUCCAGAUACAAAUGCAUUUGACGAAUCCCGCGAAAAGCAGUGGAAGUUCCUUGACUGGCAACCGAAGCUAGAUCAUAACGCUGGACUUCACGGGCUUGUGCUUUACUGCCUCAAAGCCACGAACCGACUGGCUCGCCUACUUGGCAAAGAACCCCCUCACGAAGAAAUGGUAUCAAAGAUGACGGAGGGUGCAAAGGUCUUCCUCUCAAAAGACCAGCUCUUUAUUUCUGGGCCAAAAUCGCAGCUCAGCUUUGCUUCGGCUUCGUGGCUCGCCCUUUCGGGUGCUUUCCCCCAGGAAGUCGCGCGCACAGCGCUGCUCAACACACUGAAUCACCCUGAUGCCGUCAAGCCCCUUACACCUUACCUAUGGCACCACGUGUGUGAUGCGCUCGCUACAGUUGGGUGCAUUGACGAGUGUCUAGAGACAAUGACAGGGUACUGGGGAAAGAUGGUUGAUGCGGGAGCAGACACGUUCUGGGAGGCCUUCAACCCUGAUGACUGCAGGGACAGCCCGUAUGGGGAUGUACGAAACAACAGCUUCUGCCACGCCUGGAGCUGCACACCUACGUAUCUGCUACGGGGGAAACUUUGGGCUCAAGCUGGUAAGCCUGGAUCGUCGCGGGUGUUGACUAUGGGCGAAUUGGACACUGUUUGGAUUGAGCGAUCUAAGCAGGAGCUUGCUGCGAAUAAGUAA